UUUAUCAGCUGUUUCGGCGGAUAAAUCACACCUUAAAAUAUAGUUAAGUUAGCAGAGUUUUGUAGAAAGGGCACGGAACUGAACUCUCAAAAUGGUGGCCAUCCAGUUGUUUAACGAAAUCGGUAGUAUUUUCCGAAAUACCCCUACUUUUGCCCUCGUUUUAGAGACACUACUGGUCAUAACCGUGAUUUGGCUGCUGUUGCAUAGGCGUGGAGGAGGUCGCCGCCGCCAGCUGACAAAGGAGGAAGAAGACCGUAUAAUCGCCGAAUAUGAACCAGAACCCUUGGUGGCAGACACCGAUCCCAAUCAUCCGCUGCUGCGCACUCGCAUUGUUCAGUCUAGAGUGGGCAAACACAUCAAGGUCGAUGGACACGACUGUUUGAACCUAGGCUCUCAUAACUAUCUAGGCUUCCUUGAGGACCAGGAAAUUCUAGAAGAGGCCUGCAAAUCGCUGCGCAAGUAUGGCGUAGGAUCAUGUGGACCUCGUGGUUUCUAUGGCACCAUGGAUGUUCAUCUGGACCUGGAGGAUCGUAUUGCUAAGUUCAUGGGUCUGGAGGAGGCCAUUGUGUACUCAUACGGUUUUUCAACUGUGGCUAGUGCCAUUCCUGCUUAUGCUAAGCGUGGUGACAUUAUCUUUGUAGAUGAGGCUGUUAAUUUUGCCAUUCAAAAGGGACUGGAUGCCUCGCGCAGUACAAUUGUUUUCUUCAAGCACAAUGAUGUUGAGGAUCUGGAGCGCCUGUUGAUUGAACAGGAGAAGCGAGACCAGAAGAACCCCAAAAAGGCGCUCAAGACACGACGCUUCCUUGUUGCCGAGGGCAUCUAUAUGAACACUGGGGAAAUUUGUCCACUUUCCGAGCUGGUCGCCCUGCGUCAGAAGUACAAGUUGCGCCUGUUUAUCGACGAGAGCAUCUCGUUUGGUACAUUGGGUCAGGGUGGUCACGGAGUUACUGAGCACUUUAAUGUGAAUCGCGAUGAAGUUGAUCUGAUCUCUGCAGGAAUGGAGGGGUCCAUGGCUACCAUCGGUGGUUUCUGUGUUGGCUCUCACUUCAUAGCCGAGCACCAGCGACUCUCUGGGCUGGGUUACAUAUUCUCGGCUUCCCUGCCGCCUAUGCUUACCCAGGCGGCUAUUUCCGCCUUAGAUCGCUUCGAACGGGAACCGAAAAUCUUCCAGCAGCUGCAGGCUAAGUCUAAGUCGCUGCAUCAGAAGUUUUCGCGUUUCAGCAAGCUGAUCAUCCGCGGCAGUGAAUUGUCGCCAGUGAAGCAUUUGUAUCUGGCUCAGCCAGCCGAGAAUUUUGACCAAGAAUUGAAAUUGCUCACAGAGAUCGCUGAUAAGUGUAUUGCUCGAGGAGUGGCCGUCGUUCAGGCUGCGUACCUCCAGAAUAGGGAGCGCCAACCAGUCCGUCCCAGUAUUCGCAUUGCCGUAAAUCGUUUGCUAGAAGAAGCAGACAUUACCACUGCUUUUGAAGUCAUCGAGAGUGUUUCGAGCUCCGUCCUAUAAGCCUUCCCUUUGGAAAAGGAAAUAUGAUUCUUCGACAAGGGCUUUCUGUUAAGUUUUAAGGCCUGCAGUCUCUAUCCCUUUUCUAAUCCUUAAUUAACAACCACUUCAGUAUGAUUUAUUUAAGCUAUUUGAUAGCGCUGCACUUGCUCUUUGGUGUUGAAUUGCUUUGCAUUAAUAACAACUUUAGAUCUAGGAAAAUUUCAAAGUUUUUAUGUUUCAGAUAAGAGAGGUGGUUAAAUAAAACUUUUAAGGUUA